UGAGUCACGAAGGAGUCGGGGGAAAGGGCGGGGAAGGGGCGUGACCGGAAAAAGACGUCGCACCCACCGCAGUAGUGCGAAACCGCUGCGCCUUGAAGUCGAAACGGGACUCAAAGUUUGCCAAAGAUCGAAAACAUUCCCGUCCCGGGGAAGAAUUCACUUUUUCUAUCCCCAUCCUCAGCGGCACCGUCAAGGAUCGCGGUGAUUGGUUUUGGGACCGCGUUUUGAGCGCCAUGGCGGCUUCGGGUCUGAUCCCGGAAGACGACGACGGCGGCGUCCGCCCCCACGUGGAAGUCGGCGUGACUGCGGCCGCCCCCUCGUCGCCCGCUCGCCCCGACGGCGGCCCCGGUCGCCCGGCGUCCCCGCCCCCGGCCCACGCCCCCGACGGGAGGAGCAAGCGCGGCAAAUUGAGCGGUCUUUUCCAGCAGAACCAGUUGGUCCAAACCCUGAGCGGAAGCCUCAAGCGCCACUGCGACUACGUCAAGAUCUCGGUACCUGAGGAGCGCGCCGACCGCCUCCCCAAGGAGUGGUGGAAAACGGGCGUGGCCUUCCUUUACGCCGCUUUCAACUUGGUCUUCACCACCGUGGUCAUCACCGUCGUGCACGAGAGGGUGCCCGACAAGUCGGUGAGCCCGCCGCUGCCCGACAAGUUCUUCGACUACGUGGGCCGCGUUCCCUGGGCCUUCACCGUGACCGAGGUCAACGGCCUGAUCCUGGUGGGGCUCUGGCUUGUCCAGUGGCUCCUCCUCAAGCACAAGGCCAUCGUGGGGCGCCGCUGCUUCUUUCUCAUCGGAACGCUCUACAUGUACCGCUGCGUCACCAUGUACGUCACCACCCUGCCCGUGCCGGGGAAACACAUGGUGUGCGCGCCCAAGCUGUACGAUGACUCGGCAGGGAAGAUCUGGAGGAUUGUGCGGCUCAUCUCUGGAGGAGGCUUGUCUCUGACAGGCUCCCACAUGAUGUGCGGCGACUUCCUGUACAGCGGCCAUACCGUUAUGCUGACUCUGUCCUACCUCUUCAUCAAAGAGUAUUCGCCUCGGUGGAUGUGCUGGUACCAGUGGAUCUGUUGGCUUCUCAGCGCCUCGGGCGUGCUCUGCAUCCUGGUGGCGCACGAGCACUACAGCAUCGACGUGCUGGUGGGCUACUUUGUCACCACCAGGCUCUUCUGGUGGUACCACACCAUGGCCAACACGCACGCUCUACGUCGGGCCCCCAACAACUUCCUGUCGCGUACCUGGUGGAACCCCGUGUUCAACUUCCUGGAGAGAAACGUCCAGACCACCGUACCCGUUGUCUUCUCGUGCCCGCUGCCGCUGCCGUCUUUGUGCCGGCAGCGAUACCGGAUUGUAGAGGGGGGGCGGGAUGAGUGAUUUUUGGGGGGGGGGCGUCGGACCGCAGCUUUGAAUGCCGAAGCUCGCAAAGCUCACUGUGAACUCACAUUUGGUCUUUUAUGUAUGUAUGUAUUUCUUUCGUCUUGUCCCGUCGUCUGUGCUUCAUUAAUUAUUCUUAUUAUUUCUUCGUGCUAUUUGUAUUUUCUCACAUGAGACUGCUGCCAAGUUGGCGUCAUGAAGUCAAGUGUUGCGAUUUUUCUACGCCGAAAACACUUUCCCGCAUUCCCGGACCACAUUGUAAAUUGUCUUGCUAUAUAUUUUGAUUUGGUUGCUCAAGGGUACCAAACGUUUAAAAAAAAAAAAAAAAGCCCCAACCAUACAUAAUCCAACAUUGCAAAAUAUUAUUAUUUUGUGAAGAGAAUGUGUACCGGGUGCUUCACGCGUAGUUUGACUCGAAUAAAACAACAGAGAUGUA